UUGAGUGUGACUUCCAUGUUUUUAUCGCAUACUUUUAGUUUUGUCCCUAGUUUAUUACACUUGAUAUUUAGGAUUAUGAUUUCUGUCGCCUUUCGUCGCUUGUGCUUAAAUACUAUUUGAUCUUCACGGCUGUUUGUCAAUUAAACUCAUGUCUUGUCUGUCGUAUAUCAACGAUUACGGAUCUGAUUCAACGAAUAGUGACAGUGAAACUGAACAACAUUUGUACAAAAGAGUGAAAUUACCAGUUCCAGAUCUCAGUCGUGUGCGAAUAGUUUUAACUGAAGAAACACACAUAGACGAUCAUCAAAAACAUAAAGGCCGAAAACGUUCUUUUCCACAUGUAAGAGGAAACUGGGCUACUUUCGUCUAUGUGCAAUAUCCUAAUGAUGACUUUGUUAAUAAAUUGAGUAGAAAAGUAUUAGAUGCCUUAACAGAAUCAUCUCAUACUUGGCAUAAAUGUGAAAAUCUCCACAUUACUUUAUCAAAAACAGUUGUCCUUAAUUAUCAUUGGAUAGCACCAUUUCACAAUUCUUUAAAAAAAACUUUAACAAAUAUUAAAUGUUUUGAACUUGAAUUUGAUGAGCUGCAAGUAUUGUAUAAUGAAGAUAAAUCUAGGACAUUUGUUGUGUUGAAAAUAAAUCGUUUUAGUCAUAAGCACUUUUUUGCUAUAACUAAGAAGGUUGAUGAAAUAUUGAGUGAAUUUAAACUACCGAAAUUUUAUGAUGAACCUUCUUUCCACAUGAGCAUACUUUGGACUAAUGGGGAUAAAGAGACAGAGACUAAUGGUGCUCUUGACAAAUUAAAUCAAAUCUUGACACCAGAUUUUCAGGAAUCAGCAAAAAAUAUUUUUAUUGAUAAAGUUUACUGUAAAAGCGGAAAUAAGACAUUUCAGUACCAUUUACCAUCAGAUCGAUAGAAAUAAUAUAUUUGAUAGAAAAUGAGUGCUUC